AUGCAGUGCCUGAUGAGUAAUAUGGCGGCAGUCUUCCUGCCAUGGCUGUUCCUCGUGCAGCAACUGCCGCCUCAAGUGGCCUCUCGGGGUUCGUCGCCCGGGGGCAUCGAGGUCUCCAAGGACUGGCCGCACUCCGCCGAGCAGGUCAUGAUGCCUUACGUCAAUUCCUCCUGGGACACUUCGAUGGGUGUUUGCAUGCCCAACCCUUGUGCUGAAGAUUUCAUCCCUCUGAGGACGAAAGACACAAAGAAGACUAGGUGUGAACUGUGGCCAUCAUUGAAGUGUACACCGAUCUUUUUCCCUUUGUUCGACCCUGCGAUAGGUCUGUAUGUGCCAUUAUGCGACUCUGGCGAAAGGGGAGUAAUUCGUCCACCUUCACGGCCACAGAGAUUACUGACUCACUCACGGGAUUCGGCGCGGCCGAGACGAGAACAGCGAUUCCGCCGACGCGAAGACCGCACGGCGUGGGGCAGGUCACACGCGAUCGCCUCCGCCAACCGGGACUUACAGUCACGUGACUGCUCCGCGGCGGCGGAGGCGGCGGCGGCGGCUGCCCUGGGCCACGCGAAGGAGGAGGCUCAGUCGGGCGCAUUCCGCUAA